AUGUGUGUAGGCGUAUGUAUAUGUGUGGGCGUAGCCGUUAAUGAUGAUGAUGAUGAUGGUGAUGAUAGUAGUGAUAAGAUUGAUAAUAGCAAUGAUGAUGAUAAUAAUUAUGGUAAUACUGUUAAGGAUGAUAACGGCAAUGAUGAUGAUGAUGAUAAUAAUAAAGAUGAUGAUAGGGCGUGGUGA